UUUUUUGCCGCUUCCCUCCGCUCUACGGCCUAACGACUCCCCCACUUUUGUACUGCCGCCGGACGGUCGGACGGAGGCGUCCGUGUGCCGCCGCCGGCUUAGACCCUGUAGUGUAGCUGCACACAUGCACGCGACAGCAUCUAAAACCGCUCUUUCGCGUUUCGCGCUACUCAAUUUUCACAAUUUAUUUGGCGAUAAUAAUUCCAGUGACUGAUAACACAUUUACUGGAGCAUUACUUUCUUAAUGUAUAGGAGAAAAAAAAAAUUUUUCUUGGAUUAAGUGAUCUGAUGGAUUAUUAUUAUUCCAAAACCACGCGGUUUUAGCUGUCAAGUGCUUUUCAGGAUUAUCAUCAUCAUUUGUGUUCAUUGAAAAAGAUGACGAUAUUGGUAACAUGAGUUUUAGGACAACUAGAUUAGUUCGAUAGUUUGGUUUUGUUAUGGUGGAUGACUGUUUAAAAGGAUUAAGGACUGAUGAAUUAGUGAAUUUUUGACAAUAUUUGUGGGUGACAAGUGUUUUAAGGACUAAUCCGUGCUGGUGAAAUUGUGUCUCUGAGUGAUUGAAUCAGUUUGCAAUUUCAUUUGGAAAAACCAUUAUCCUGAUCAUAAAAAUCAUCAACAGAAGACAUUUAGUUGAAUGAGAAAGAAGGCUGAUGAGGAUUAAUGAAAAACAGAAUCUAGUUAAACAAUUGGAUGACAAAUAAGGCUUCGUAUUAGUGAUAAGGAUUUAGAAUCAAAAAAAAACCCCGGGAAUCAUUUUCUAAGGAAUCUCCCUAAGGAAUAAUAUUGUUGAGCAUAGCGAGCACGUUGGAUCUCGCGGCGUUGACAGCUUUUGGGGGCGUUUCAGGACCCAGGGUCGCGGUGGCGGGCACCGGGGUCCUCGCGCUGCCCGGCUUGAUACCCGAGAAAGGGUUAUCAGCUAUCCAAGGGGUGCAAUCGAAAACAAAAUCCGCAGGCCUGGCGGGUCUCGAUAGUGAGGCGGUACGCCGGUGGGUUGCGGAAGCCGCGCGUACCGUCCGGCAAAUUCCGCCACCGGUUAUUGUGCCAUCGAGUUCACAACAACACCUCCCUCAACAUCAUCAUCAUUCCGCCGCCCAUCGUCAUCAUCAAGAAUCCAGCCCGCCGACGGUUGGUACCUCCCCUUUUGUUCUACCAGCAUCAAUGACACAAACUCCCAGUAUGCAUCUUUUAGAGAAUAAUAAUCUAUUGGAAGCUAUGGCUCAACAACAACAACAGUCCCCACAACAGCAACUUCAUCAACAAUCCCAAAAGCAAAAACAAAAUAGUCCAACAAAUAAUAAUAAUACAAUUGAAGGUUGGAGAUCUAUUCAGGGUGGUCAUCAGUGGUGGAGUCCACCUCAUCAGGAACAAGUUGUAGCUUCUGUUCAUGCUGGUAGUCAAUCACAAUUGCAAAUUGCUGCAUUGGGUCAGAGGCAACAGCAACAACAGCAAACAACAUCGGAAAUUGAUCAGCCAUUAGAUUUUUCCGUUGGUUCAUUGCAACAACAGAGAUUACAAUCGAGAAAUAGAACUGUUCAUGAGAGAUUGCAAGGAAGGAUGCAGGACAAUAAUAAUGGUACAGGAAGUGGGCCUAAAAUUGCAAAGGGUAACAGCAGGAGGAGUUAUAGUCCCAGCGAUGGUAGCUCAAGUGGAAGCGAAGACGAAGGGGUACUUUCAACUGGAGGAAGUCCCGCGGGUCCACUACGGGGCGUCGAAAAUGAUUCGUGUGAUCCAAUAGUGGAACGACCUUACGGUAAAGUGUGGAUAGGUGAUAAUGAAGUCGCGUGGCGAACCGAACAAUCUCUAAAAAGAACAUCGCCCUUGAAUCCCUGUGCCACAACAACAAUAACAACAGCAACGACGACAGGUGGAGGAGCCCAGACGCACCCCCACCUGUCACCUCCCACCGUUGCCCCUGUAUCAACCCCUGAUCUCAGAAGUCCCUCAACCCUUCAAGCAAAACUCGGCAUCUCACCUGCGAGCGAUGCGCUUGGUCGAAUCGACAAGGAACCAGCAUCUCCGGAAUCUAUACAAGAUGCUGAUUUGCAUGGAGAAGUCGAAGGUCCUGAACUUAGUGGUGAUGACAGAAGUAUCGCCAGUGACGUUCAGGAUGCAAAUGAACCACAUUUGGACCACGAUUCCAUUGACUCUGAUAGGGAGGCACUUAAUUUGGUCACGGAUGUCUCGCACAGAAAUAGUAGCAGUGGAACCAGUGGCAGUGCAUCGUCACCAAGUUCAGGAGUGAGUAGUCAACUAACCGGAAGUCAUGCGGGUAACACCGUGGGUUCACAGGCGGCAUUAGCGGCUCAACUUGUUGGUCAACAGCUUCUUAUGCAUGGUUCACUUGGUGCUCUAAGUCCACAGGAAAUUCAAGCUUUAGCAUCAACUCUUCAGCAGCAAUCACUUCAACAGCAACUUCAACAAUUCGCCAUGUUUCAACAAGCGAAUCCGGCGGCAGCGGCGGGACAACUUCCCGCGCAGGCUCAAUUCUUCCUUCAAAAUCAGGGGCUGUUGCAGAGCGGUGGCUACCCCCCGAGACCAAGUCAUCCGCGCUCACAGUCCAUGCAGGUACAACAGGCUGUGGCACAAGCGACGCAGCAGCUGCAAGCAUUGCAGAAGCAACAAGCACUUCAGGGUGGUGGUGCACUCGUUGGUAGGAGUUUAGUGCAACAGCAACAACAACAGCAACGAUCACCACCACCACCAGGAACACCGCCAGCUGUUAAACAACCACCGGCAAGAUUGGAACCAUCGCCUGAAGAAACAACAGAUCUUGAGGAACUUGAACAAUUUGCAAAAACAUUUAAACAACGACGAAUUAAAUUAGGUUUCACUCAGGGUGAUGUGGGUCUUGCAAUGGGUAAACUUUAUGGCAAUGACUUUUCACAAACGACAAUAUCAAGGUUUGAGGCAUUAAAUUUAUCGUUUAAAAAUAUGUGCAAAUUGAAACCAUUAUUGCAAAAAUGGUUAGAGGACGCUGAUAAUUCAUUGAAUAAUCCAAAUUCAUUAACGAAUCCAAUGACAACGCCUGAAGCUAUUGGAAGACGACGUAAGAAGAGAACAUCAAUUGAGACGAGUGUUAGAUUAGCAUUGGAGAAGGCAUUUUGUCAAAAUCCAAAACCAACAUCUGAGGAAAUUACAAUGUUGGCGGAUAGUCUUGCAAUGGAGAAGGAGGUGGUUCGAGUUUGGUUUUGCAAUAGGCGGCAGAAAGAGAAGCGUAUCAAUCCACCGUCAACAAUGGGAAGUCCAACGAUGACAUCGCCAUCGCCCUCGGUUUUUGCCUCACUAGCGGGUAGCAUGUCGGGAAGUCCAUUGGCAUUGACGACACAUUCGACAGGAAUUGGAUCACAUCAAACACCUCUUGGUUCACCUCUACCAUUAGCUUUAGUGGCUUCUUCAGGUGGAAGCUAUCAUCCUCUAACUGGCAAAUCUCACGAGUGACACAAGCCUCCCACCCAACAAGGGGACGCACUUUUUCAUCAUCAUCAUCCACAUCAUCAUCAUAAUCAACAACAGCAUUCUCAACAACGACGAUUGUGCAAUCUCCCAGAGUUUUAUCACUAAUCGUCGCAAAGAAAAAAAAAGUGCUUUGUGUGUGAUCGAAUGUCACUGAUAGAAAAAAAAAUAGGUAUACGAUUGACUUUCAAGAGUGAGAGAAACAGAGUAAGUACCAAAAAAAAAAAAUUGUCAAAAUUGACUGGUCAUUAAAAUGUUUGAACUUGUGAGAAUUUGAAAUUUUCGAAAUGUGUUGUUUUUUGAUCAGAUCUCAGCAAGAUGUGACAAUGUACAUAGGGUAGUUAAGUUUUGUUGUUGUAAAAUGCCAUGUCGAAAGAAGAAAAAGAACUGAAAAUGUGAAAAAAAAGGUCCAAUAUGGAUACGAACCUUGGCAACGAUGUUCCGCUUCUUUUAUCCCUCGUUUCAGGGUUCGUCUCAUGGACACAAAACAAAAUGACCAGUUUUUAUAUACAGAAUCAUUUAUAUAUAUAUAUAUAUAAAGAUCAUAACUUGCAAAAGAGACAAAUGAAAACUGGUAAUACACGAGUGAUGGGAUUCUUUUUGAUAUUGUCCAGAGAGAAAGAGAAAGAUUUCAUCUUAAGGUAUUACAAUCAAAAUUACCUAUAUCAGUAUUACCUACUAUUCCCAACAAGUAAUUCUAGCAAAAUUUUAAUAUUAUUAAUAGAGCGAGAAAGAGAGAGAAAGAGAGAGAGAAUGUGUGUAAUUCCCCCACCUUUAGGAUUUGUAUACAAAUUCUUUUUUUUUAUAUUUCUUUUAUUCUCAAAAUUUGAAUUCAAUAAAGGAAUUUUGAAAUUUUGUUUUUGAAAAAAAAGAAGGGGGAAGAAGAAAUUUGCAAGUAUACACAAUCGAAAAAUUCAUUUUAACUCACAAUGUGUUUCACAUCUUCUGGAUUUUUUGACCAGAAUAUUAUUGGCACUGCGAGUUGUGCAUAUUUUAAAAAAGAGGCUAUCAACGAAAUCUUUUUCAACACGACUGUGUAAAUAUAAAUUUUAGACUACUACAUCCCUCACAAAAAAAAAUCUUACAUAUCUCUGUGUCAUAAGAUUGUGUAAAUAUUUCCUCUCCGCUAUAUACAACGGGAAAAAAAAAUUUCCAAAAAAAAAAAAAAACAAUGAAGAAGAAAAGAAAGAAAUGUGAUCACUAUGUACGAAGCAUGUCAGGAAAUUAAUGAUAAUAAUUAAUUAAUGUUUUUCAUUCGAUAAAUGGUGGCAAAUUCGUCAGUAUAUGGCUCAAGGAUUUUUAAAUUUAGAGAAAAUUAAAUUUUUUCUAAAUUCAAGAAUGGCAAAAUUGUGUUCUUAGUUCAGAAAAUUUUAAUUUUGAACAAUUUUAAAGUUGAAACAAACUACUAAAAUGGAAUUUUUUUCUCAGUUCAAAAAAAGGUGAUAAAAAAAAAAAUUUCUAUGAUUCAAAAAUAGAAAAUAAAAACUGAAACUUUUAUAAAUUCAAAAUUGAAAUUUUUUUGCAAAAAAAGAAAAACUGAAAAUUAUCAAAGUUAAAAAAAACUAGGCAUUUAAAAAAAAAUAAUUAAAAAUAAUUUAAUAAAUUUAGAACAAUAAUUAAUUUCUUUUUAUUCCCCCCCCCCAAAAAAAAAAACUGAAAAUUUUUCUAAGUUCUAAAACAAUUUUUUUCUGAUAUAAUAAUUUAUUUAAUUUUUUUAAAUUAGAAAAAUUUGCAGUUUUUCAAAAUGAAAAAAUUUUGCAAUUCUGAAGAAGAAAUUUUUUUAAAAUAAAUUUUUCUGUUUUUCUAUAAUUUAAAAAAAAAAAUUUCCAUUUUGUCUAAAAAGAGUAAUUUUUUCUGCUCUUUUUUAAGAUUUGUGAAAAAUAUGCAGAUCAUUUUAAACUUUAAAAUGUUUAAUUUUUUUUUUUUUUUUUUUUUUUUUGGUAAAUUUUUCUAACUUUUUUUGAACUUUUUUGAAAAACAUUUUCCAUUCUUUCGUAGAAAUGCAAAAACAACGCUUACACUAGUCAAUGCUUGAGCUACUGACGAUAAAAAUUCCUAAAUUUUCCACUUCAUUUCAUCGACAAUUAAAAUUAAUUUCAAAUCAUCUUUUUAUUUUUAAUUUUUAACAAAUUUUAUCUUUAAUUCCAUAAAUCAAAAAAUUGUAUAGAAAAAGUUUUUUUUUAAAAAAAAAACGAAUAUAAAUAAUUUUUCAAAAUAGAAUUUUUCAAAUUAAAAUGAAUGAAAAUCAUUUUUAAAUACAUGAAUAAUUUCCAAGAAAUUAUUCAUCUAAUCUUCCAAAAAAAAGGCUAUGACCAUGCGGAGUACAUUUUUAGCGGAUAUAAAUGUAUUUAUAAAUAAUCUAUACAUAGCGAAAUAUAUCAUAUAGUCUGAUAAGUACGCGAAUCGUCUGUACGUAUAAAUAUUAAAAAAAAAUAAAUAAAUGCAUAUAUAUAAAUACACAGAAGUGAGGAAAAAUGUAAAUAUUAGAGAAAAAGAUAGCGAAUCGACUUAUUCGUCGACUGACUCAACAUCGUUUAUAAUAUAUAUAUAUAUAUAUAUAUAUAUUAUAUAUAUUAUAUAUGGAUAACGAUGUUUUUUUUAUCGAUGAUAAUUGUCGCGCGAUAAAGAAUUGUAAAUUUUUGUGAAAUUUUCUAUAACUAUAUAUAUAUAUAAAUAUUAAAUUAUGUGACGCGUGUACAAUUUUUAAAUGGGCGGUCUAUUGUUGCAUUGGGACGAUAAUUUCAGCAACGAAUUCCAUAUAUAGACGUGGACCAAGUUAUUAGUAAAAAAAAACGCAUAAUUAAAAAUACUAAAGUUCCUAAAAAAAAAAAAAAAUUACACUUUCGGUGUAAGUUGUACGCAUUUUAAAAAAAUGUAUAUUUAAAAUGUGUAUAAAAAAAAGAGAGAGGGACUCAAUUAUAAUUAUUGACAGCGUUUAAUUAAUAAAUUUUAAUUAUAUAUUUAAUUUUCUUCAUACGCGGGAAAUAAUUGUCAAUUUAUUAUUCAAAUUCAUGUACAAAAAAGAGAAAGAAAAAAAAAUUGACAUAUUAAUUUUUGCUAUACGCUUUGUUAAUAAUUAAAUCGUGAUCUGUAGAUAUAAUAUAAUGAAAAAAAAAAAAAAGAAGUCACGUCCCUCUCUUUAACAACACGCGGCGUUUCAUUAGACACAUUAUUAUAAUAGCAAUUAUUAUUAUAUAUUAUAUUAUUAAUAAUAUUAUUUCAGUAUAUUUUAACUUUUAUUAUUUGAAAAUAAAAUACGGAGAUUUCAGUUGGUUCAUUAA